AUGUCGAGCCGACCGACCGUCACCAUCAUCUCGCCUGAUGGCAAGCCUUCCAGCAACACCCAUCCUCUCCCGGAGGUGUUCAAGGCGCCUAUCCGUCCCGAUAUUGUCCAGAGCGUCCAUACCGGUAUGGCAAAGAAUAAGCGCCAACCAUACGCUGUGAGCGAGAAGGCCGGUCACCAAACCUCUGCUGAGUCCUGGGGAACCGGACGCGCCGUCGCUCGUAUUCCUCGUGUAUCUGGUGGUGGUACUCACCGUGCCGGCCAGGCUGCCUUCGGUAAUAUGUGCCGCUCUGGUCGCAUGUUCGCUCCCACAAAGGUCUGGAGGAAAUGGCACGCAAAGAUCAACUUGGGCCAGAAGCGCUUCGCUACCGCCUCCGCUCUCGCUGCCUCUGCAUCCGCUCCUCUUCUCUUCGCUCGUGGUCACCGCGUCCAGGCCGUUCCAGAAGUCCCUCUCGUGAUUUCCAGCACCGCUUUCUCCGGUGCCGCAAUCACCAAGACCUCUGCCGCUCUCGCUCUGUUGAAGGCUGUUGGCGCCGCCGCUGAUGUUGAGAAGGUUAAGCUGUCGAAGAAGACUCGUGCAGGUAAGGGUAAGAUGCGUGGACGUCGCUAUCGUCAGCGCCGUGGACCUCUCGUUGUCUAUGCCCCAGAGGAGGAUGGCCGAGAGCUCACAAAAGCAUUCCGCAACCUGCCCGGUGUCGAGACUUCGUCAGUCUACGACCUCAACCUCCUUCAGCUCGCACCGGGUGGUCAUCUUGGCCGCUUCGUGAUCUGGACUUCGGCCGCGUUCGCUGCCCUCGACAAGAUCUAUGGCUCUACCACUGAAGCUUCCACAUACAAGAAGGACUUCCUUCUGCCAUCAGCCCUGGUCAAGACACCCGAUCUUGGCAAGCUCAUCAACAGCUCGGAAAUUCAGUCAGUGCUACGUCCCGUCAAGGGUGGCGCUAUCACCAAGCGUACCCAAGUGCAGAAGAAGAACCCGCUACGGAACAAGCAGAUCCUGUUCCGCCUCAACCCAUACGCCAUUCAGUACUCGAAUGACAAGCUAGGAUCGCUAAAGGCUGAGAGCGGGAAGCCAAAGCCCAAGGAUGCGGGUUUUUUGAAGCAGGUACAUGAGAACUAGAGAAGUUAGUCGUGCUCGUAAUGCGCAUGGGGUGUAUUAUCGGUCGCAUGGCGGUCACGGCGGUCAUGGCGGUGUUCUUUUCACAGAUAUUAGGGUAGCUGAACAAAAGCUAUAAGCAUGCUGGAUGAAACAUAGCUGGCACAAUCUAUCGAUGCGCUAAUCCUCUCUGUAGUGUGCUUAAUCGAUUCACGUUAAGACCAUACGCUCUAGUUAAUGGCUAGUAGUAGCUUCCUAUACCUCUCCCUGCUAUACGCGUACCCCCAAAGGCCACAUGCAACACUAAUCCAUAGUCCAUCUGCAUGACGUUCUCACCUGAAAAGCCUCUUCCCUCCCGUUCUCGCUGCAGUCGUCUCUCGC